GCCUUUUCUUGGUUUGGACUGUACUACAGUGAGCAGGCAGAGAUGGUGCAUUUGAAAACGCAACAUUUGGUGCUUUGAUAUUUCAGGCUAAAUAGCAAAUGAGAAAGCAUAUUGUUUUUUCUCGGUGAUGAAGUGGAAUAAUAAAUACAGCUUUGGGACUUCUUUUGGGGAGGCAGAAAGCGAGCCCCCCCAGGAACGUGAGGACAGCGUGGCUGGUUUGUGCUUGCUGAACCUCCUCUCCGGGAAAAACCUUUUGGCUUUGCAAAAUAUAACCCUGUAGAGCCUUUGGGUUUAUCUGCUGCGGUGUUUGAUGCUGGUUACAUCACCAGUUACCUCUCCGUGAUGUUCCGCUGUGGCUGAUCCUCAAUGAACCUGCAAAAGCUUUCAAUGUGAUUCUCCUUUUUUUAUUAUUAUUUUUUUUUCCUUAAGAAAGAGCUUUUCUACCUCAGGUUGAACGAAAGAAAAUAUAAAUCCCAAAUCCACCCCCCUCCCACACCCAUCCAAGGAUGGCUUGCAGAAGGUGUUAUUUGUCUUUAAAUACUCUGCACCAGUUUUGCUGUCCAGCUCCAUUGUACCAUUCCCAGCUAGCUGUCCCUGCCACACACUCAGAGUACAGGACUUCGUUGGAAACAGGAAGCAGCGUCUCAACUGAUCCUCUCAGCGUGGAGGGCGAAGCUCCGAGCAGUGAGACCGGCACGUCCCUGGAUAGUCCGUCUGGGUACCCCCAAGGCCCCAUAACCCACAGCUCAGCCAUCAGCCCGGACCACUACGACCCCUCUCCCUACGGGCUCUACUCCAUCUCGCCGGGGCAGCGGGCGCGGAGGCCCAAACUGCAGCACUCCACGUCCAUCCUGCGCAAACAGGCGGAGGAAGAGGCCAUCAAACGGUCACGGUCGCUUUCUGAGAGCUAUGAACUCUCCUCGGACCUCCAAGAUAAGCAGGUGGAGAUGCUAGAACGGAAGUAUGGGGGCCGUCUCAUAACCAGACAUGCUGCUCGCACCAUCCAAACCGCCUUUCGCCAGUAUCAGAUGAACAAGAACUUCGAGCGCCUCCGCAGUUCUAUGUCCGAAAAUCGCAUGUCGAGGCGCAUCGUCCUGUCCAAUAUGAGAAUGCAGUUUUCCUUUGAAGGGCCUGAGAAAGUCCACAGCUCUUACUUCGAGGGGAAACAAGUUUCUGUUACGAAUGAUGGCUCGAAGCUGGGAUCCCUGGUACCGUCUGAAUGUGAUGACCUUGGAGAGACAACUCCAAUGAAGUCUCCGGCGGCAUCUACUGAUUUUACUGAUGCCAUAACAGAACUGGAGGAUGCCUUUUCCAGGCAGGUGAAAUCCCUGGCGGAGUCCAUUGAUGAUGCACUGAACUGCCGCAGUCUGCACUCUGACGAGAUCCAGGCUGCAGAUCAGGUCAGAGGCCGUGAAAUGGAGAGGGACAGCUGCGCUCCAGCCAAACCAGCCAUCCACAACGUGGAUCCCAGGAAGCUCGACGAGAUGACGGCGUCCUACAGCGACGUCACGUUGUACAUCGAUGAGGAGGAGUUGUCUCCACCCCUUCCCCUCUCCCAGUCUGUGGACAGGCCGUCCAGCACAGAGUCGGAUCUGAGGCUCCGCUCUGUGAACUCUUCCCAGGAGUACUGGUCCAUGACCCACAAAGAUGAUAAGAUAGACACUGAUACGAGCUGCAGGAGUACCCCGUCCCUGGAAUGUCAGGAGCAGAGGAUGAGGAUGGAUCACCUGCCCUUGCUGACCAUAGAGCCACCCAGUGACAGCUCCGUGGACUUGAGCGAUCGCUCGGAGAGGGGCUCGUUAAAGAGACAAAAUGCCUACGACCGGGGCAUCACGAGUCAGCAGGGAAGCCCAAAACAUAUCCCUCACAGCAUUCCUGCCAAGAUCAUCACCCGGGAGGAGCAGGAGGCGAGACACAGGGCCAGGCCUAUAGACAGUCACUUGGCCAUCAAUGGCACAGCAAACAGGCAGAGCAAGUCGGAGUCGGAUUAUUCCGACGGAGACAACGACAGCAUCAACAGCACUUCCAACUCGAAUGACACGAUAAACUGCAGCUCGGAAUCUUCUUCUAGAGACAGCCUAAGGGAGCAAACCCUGAGCAAACAAACCUACCACAAAGAAACUCGCAACAGCUGGGAUUCCCCUGCCUUCAGUAACGACGUUAUCAGGAAGCGCCACUAUCGGAUUGGGCUGAAUCUCUUCAACAAGAAACCUGAAAAAGGAGUGCAGUACCUCAUUGAGCGAGGGUUCGUGCCGGACACCCCCGUGGGCGUCGCCCACUUUCUGCUGCAGAGGAAGGGGCUGAGCAGGCAGAUGAUCGGAGAGUUCCUGGGCAAUCGGCAGAAGCAGUUCAACCGGGACGUGCUGGACUGUGUGGUGGAUGAGAUGGACUUCUCAGCCAUGGAACUGGAUGAGGCACUCAGGAAAUUUCAGGCUCAUAUCCGUGUCCAGGGAGAAGCCCAGAAGGUGGAACGGCUCAUUGAAGCCUUCAGCCAGAGAUACUGUAUCUGCAACCCGGGGGUGGUGAGACAAUUCCGGAAUCCCGACACCAUCUUCAUCCUGGCCUUCGCCAUCAUCCUGCUCAACACAGACAUGUACAGCCCAAAUGUGAAACCAGAGCGAAAAAUGAAGCUGGAGGACUUUGUCAAGAACCUGAGGGGUGUGGACGAUGGGGAGGACAUCCCCCGGGAGAUGCUCAUCGGCAUUUACGAGCGCAUCCGCAAGCGGGAGCUGAAAACCAACGAGGAUCACGUGUCCCAGGUGCAGAAGGUGGAAAAGCUCAUCGUGGGCAAGAAACCGAUUGGAUCUCUGCACCAUGGACUUGGUUGUGUGCUCUCCCUACCCCACCGGAGGCUUGUUUGCUACUGUAGGCUCUUUGAAGUCCCAGAUCCCAAUAAACCUCAGAAGCUUGGAUUGCACCAGCGAGAAAUAUUUUUAUUUAAUGAUCUUCUUGUGGUGACCAAGAUUUUUCAGAAGAAGAAGAACUCUGUUACAUACAGUUUUCGACAGUCCUUUUCCCUCUAUGGAAUGCAAGUCCUUCUCUUUGAGAACCAGUAUUAUCCCAACGGUAUCCGGCUCACGUCAGCUGUGCCAGGAGCAGAUAUCAAAGUGCUCAUCAACUUCAAUGCACCAAAUCCUCAGGACAGGAAGAAGUUUACAGAUGAUUUGAGGGAGUCCAUUGCAGAAGUUCAAGAAAUGGAAAAGCACAGAAUAGAGUCCGAGCUGGAGAAGCAGAAGGGGGUGGUGCGUCCCAGCAUGUCCCAGUGCUCCAGCCUGAAGAAGGACUCUGGGAACGGCACCCUGAGCAGGGCCUGCCUGGAUGACAGCUACGCCACCGGGGAGGGGCUGAAGCGGAGCGCGCUGAGCAGCUCGCUCAGAGACCUGUCCGAAGCAGGCAAGCGUGGGCGCCGCAGCAGUGCAGGAUCGCUAGACAGCAAUAUGGAAGGGUCCAUCAUUAGCAGUCCUCACAUGCGCCGAAGAGCUACAUCAACCCGAGAGUGUCCAUCUCGCCCUCACCAGACUAUGCCCAACUCCUCCUCACUCCUAGGGUCCUUAUUUGGUAGUAAAAGGGGGAAGCCACCUUCCCAAGGCCAUCCACCAUCCGGCUCAUCACAGCAACCUGCGCACCCCACAGCAGUCCCGCACCAGCACCACGCCCCGCACCCCGCGGGCCCCGAGGGGCAGCCCCCGGUGCACUCCCACCACUCCCAGUACUGCCACCUGCAGCAGAACCCGCCGCCCUACCACCACCACCACCACUACCACCCCCCCCAGCACCUCCCGCACCCGCACCAGUACCACCAGCACGUGCCCCACGCCCACGGGCAGCACCCCCCGUACCUGCAGCACCCCCACGCCCAGCACAGCCACCCGCCCCACCCGCCGCCACACCCCGGCCACGCUGCCCACCCCCCGCACCACCACGGGCCGCCACCGCCUCCCUCCACCUCCGCCAGCACCAAGCCCAAACACAGUGGCAUCAGCACAAUAGUCUAGGACAGAGACCCUCCACUAACUAGAGUUUUAAACUGAGCUGCAAAGGCACUCGCAGGAGCGACAAGUAACAUGGUCAGUUUUUACCUAGACAGUUGGAUUGAGCCGGGUGAGCUUCCAGGCUUGCUGUUACUAAAUAAAAUAAUGCCAGUUACUGGCUUUCCUUAUCUACUGGAUAGAUGCCCACCAUCUGGCUAGUUCUUAUUUCCAAACUGCCUUGAAACACAUGCUGCUUGCUGAAUCUGACUGAAGCUACCUUUUACACCAAAUCCCCUGACGAUUUUACACGCCUAACGAAACGUUAGUCUAGGGAAAAAAAAAAAAAAAAGGAAAAAAAAAAAAGUGAGACAGAACCAAGUGUUGCAUUCUUGCUCUUUUAUUCUCAAUGGGCAAAAAAAAUAAGUAGACCUGAUAUGGUUGAUGAAAGUACGUAAGUAAACUUUAUAUAAUAUAAAUAUAUACAUAUAAAUAUAUAUAUAUAUAUACUGUAUAGUUAACAUUUGUGCUUGGAAAGGAAUUUUUUCAGUCCACAAAACUAGCAAUAUAGACUUUACAAGGAAUUCCACUUACUUGAUAGGACUGUAUAGUAAAUGAAUAGCAUAUGAAAGAGUAGAGCAAAACAUUAAACGUUAGAAACAAAUUUCAGACAUUUCAGUAUUUUCAUUGCGAGUCCUCCGGACUCGCUGGGAUUUCUAAGCAAUCAUUACUAAAUGUGCCAAGUAACAUAGCAUUUAACUGUCGUAGUCGAUACUGCUUUGUAUAAAUCCUUAUUUUAUUAACACGAUGAUAUCAUACGUAAUCAGUAUUAAAACUGCUCUGCUAUUUCAGGUAAGCAAGCUCGUUAAGAUGCAGUAAUUAUUCCGUAGCAAUGUAGGGGGGCCGCUCCCCAGCGGUCACCCUCCAAGCAUUGGUCACACAAGUUCUUAGACACUUUAAAGGCUGUGAUAACUGUGAAUUUCCAUGAUCCACAUUUCUUUUGUAUGCGGAUGGGUUUAAGGAACACCCGGGAAGAGUUACAACAGGUGCAUGUACACACUGCAAAAACAUUCAUCUCAGACAUGAAAAUGGCCAACUUCCAUCCUCCUCAGCUACUUUGUUUCCUGUUUACCAUAAUUUCUCAUUUUUACCCCCCAGUGAAGCUGAAUUCUAGCCAAGAGCGUUUCCAGGUGGAAGUGCUCUAAAAACUUGAAGGUUUGUUUUAGAAUUUAGUAUAGGGUUUUUAUAUAUAUAUAUAUAUAUAUAAAAAAUAAAAAAUAAAAAUAAAAAUCUGUAAUUCCAUGUAGCCAUGUGCUAGCAACAAAGUGGCUUUCCCAUUCUUACUCAUCACAUUUUGUUAGUUUGAAGCACCCAGCACUCAGCAGGCUGAGUUUACGCUCAAACCCUCACUUCCAUAGUCCAGUUAGUUGCCAGACAUCACAUAAAAAUAGGCUGUGCUGUUGUUGCUUAUGUGUUGUAACCAAACCAUUUGCAAAUUUCUAUGCGGUUUUUAUCCUGAGAUCCUGUACAAAGUUAUACAUGGCGCCUACUUUGUAGUUUCAGCACUUUGAGCCACUGCAAGGACUUUACACCUAAAACAGUAGAGACAGAGAAUCACAACUGCAAAACUGUACCAGCCUAAAGGCAAACCUUGAAGAGGAUGAGCAAAAAAGUUCCAGUAAGAGAUGGGUAAAAUAAUCGUAAUAACAACCAGCCGUGUUCCUAUUGAACAGUAACAGGAUUGUCAGCAGUGACGAGGACAUGAGAACAACAAAGUGACUUUCCAUGUUGGCUUGCUCAUGGCAUCUCUGGCGUGGGGGGGAGGGGGGAAGAGGUUCAGUCUUUUUUUUUUUUUUUCUCUUUCAUACCAUUGAUAUCACAAUACCAGCAGAACUGCAAACUGAGCACUUUGUUAACUCCACAGAGAGCAAAUACAGCAAUCUAGAGUUGA